AUGGCGGAAGGACAACCGGCGACGGGGCACGCGAGCCUGACGAUCAUCAACUCUGGCCAGCCGAUCGCCAGACUUGCAAUCGACCGCUCCCAGCUGACGGUUCAGCACCGCAACGGCAACAGAAACAUCGCAACGCCCUCAAUCGACGAGCUUUCCAUCACAGCCGUGCACCUCAACAAUGCGAUUGCGCUUCCUUUUGCACGCGCGCUGAGUCUGGUCCGCAGACUCGUGGUGCUGGAUCUUCGUUGGUGCUGGAUCACCGACCUGGGCGCGGUGACAAUCUCGAGAGGGCUCGUCGCGGCGAUGGGCGCGCGCGGCAGCGCACUUCGCAGCCUCGACCUGAGCGGCAACAUCAUCGGCCCCACGGGCGCGGGUGCGGUCGCCGAUGUCCUGCGGGCCUGCGGGGAGAGCUUGCACGAAUUCUCCAUCUCUCACAACAAGAUCGGGGACGCCGGCGUCGAAGCAGUGGUCGACGCGCUACCGGGAUGCCCAAACAUGCGUGUGCUGGACAUGGACGUCAACCGCAUCGGGGACCGAGGCAUCAAAUCGCUGGGGCGUGGUUUGCUGCGGGGUGGCGGGACACUCGAGGAGCUGCGGAUCUCCACGAGCUUCGGCCGGCCGUGCAGGCUGACACCCGACGGGGUCGCGCCGUUUGCGCAGUGGCUGGGGCGGACGCAGCGGCUGCGCGUGCUGCGCAUGAACGACUACCAGGAGCUCAACAGCGAGGCAGCUGCGACGUUGUUCAGCGGGCUGGCCGAGAAUCGCUCUUUGCGAGCGCUCGAGCUGCGGCGCAACGGCAUCGUGGGCAAGACGGUCGACCGGCUGGUGGACGCGCUGCAGAGAAACGCAGCGCUCGAGGCCCUCUACCUGGAGGGCAACAUGAUCGCCCUGGUGGGGAGCAUCAAGAUACGCCGGGCGCUGAACGGGAAGGAUAGGGCGAUGAGGGACCUGCGGCUUGAGUACCCUCCGGUGCGCGAACAGCGAAGGAAGAAGCACGGGUCUCGCUGGCUGAGAGCGCUCGGCUGGUCUGGCGCCUUCUUGUUUGGCAUCAUUGCUUUCAAUAAACAUCGUGAGCAGUGCGAGCUGGUGAAUAUUCUGAGCGACCACCUGUAUUUGCGAGAGCAAGAGGCCAGGCGCAGGUACUAG